GGAGGGUUGGUGACGUCAGAAGUCCCCAAUUCAGUCUCAUAAUAAUGAGAGGCUUGAGGAGAGCUCUUCCCUAUUUUGGUACUAGUUUCACAACAUAGUCUCGACCUCGUUUUUUUAAUACCUUGAGCAUGCAAUCAAAGUUCUUUCAUGGAGCAGUCGCUCAAUCAUAUUGAUUCGAUCGGGAAGCAAUUCCUCAAACUGGAAAGGUCCCAGGAACAAAGGCACAAUGGAUCUAGCCAAUUGGAUGCGGGAUCUUAGCCCCUCGAUGAAAGCUAAAUCCGUCCUUGAGCUGUCCAUUCCGGGGUCGCACAAUUCCUUCACUCACAAUCUAUCCACAAGUUCUGUGGUGGGACCCGAUCAGCCCCAAUGGAUCCAGAAAUGGGCAGGGAGGACCAGUCUCUUCAGUAAACCCAUCCUUCGCAGAUGGGGAGUUUGUCAGAAGUGGAACUGCCGGGAACAAUUGGAACAUGGGAUUCGGUUCUUCGAUCUAAGAUUGGGCAAAUAUCCCAAGAAGAGUCUAAUUUGUGGUGGGUCUUCCGCCCAAGUCAGUCAAAAACAACCUGAAGCUCAAAUUCGAAUCUUGCACGGUCUCUUUGGAGAUGGAAUUGGGCCGAUCUUGUGUGAAAUCCGCGACUUCUUGGACACUCACCCAGGGGAAUUGGUUCUGAUCGACAUCCACCAUACCUAUGAUUUCACUCCGAUCGACUUCCAAAUUUUAGCCGAGGUCACUGACGACAUCCUUGAGAACAAGCUCAUUCCUCAAUCCACUGACUUGACAUUCCAAGAUCUUCUGGCUCAAGGCCAAGUGAUUCUAUCUUGCGAUCAUUUGAUCCAAUUGGGAUCGAAAGUAUGGAGUCGAUCCUGGAUCCAGAAUCCUUGGCCAAAUACGGAAGACCUCAAGACGAUGGAUUCCCUACUCAUAGUCUACCUCGAAAACAGAUACUCCAGGCACCUCCAUGUAUCCCAAGGGAUUUUAACAGCCUCCAUGAAAACCGUACGGAGCAAUUUUUUCAGUUCAAUGGAAGAAAAAAUCGGACGACCUUGCACAAGACACUUGAUCCAAGAAUGGAUCCCCCAAACUAGUCGAUCUCAAAACCUGAACGUGGUUUUAGCUGAUUUCGUGGAUGAAUCCGGUUUUGUGGAGAGUGUGAUUUCCUUGAAUGACUCCAAUACGAGAAGAC